GCAAUGAGCCUCAGCAUCGACAAUAAGAACAGCUGUAAUAAGGAGAGGGUGGGGGUGUGAUUCUGGAAGAUUCUGCAGGAAUCUUGCGAGUGGACCCCAUUUCAUUCGUUUAUUGUGGGGACUGUUUCUCUGAGCUUGGUGGUUAACCUUCCCUGCCAAAUCCAAAACGUACACCCUGUGGUGGGGACACAAGGGUUUAUGGUCCCAUGAUUGGAAUGGACUAAUAGCUUCACCUUCUCGGCGCAAAAAUGUCAAAGAGGCCAUCCUAUGCCCCUCCUCCUCCCCCUGCCCCUACAACUCAAAUGCCCAACACUACGGGGUUUGUGGGGUACAACCCUUACAGCCACCUGGCCUACAACAACUACAGACUGGGAGGAAGCCAAAGCAGCAACAGUCGGGUAACGAAUUCUUCUGGAAUAAAUAUCCCAAAGCCACCUAAACCACCUGAUAAGCCAUUGAUGCCCUAUAUGAGAUAUAGUCGUAAGGUUUGGGAUCAAGUAAAAGCCUCCAAUCCUGAUCUGAAGCUUUGGGAAAUUGGGAAGAUAAUCGGUGGCAUGUGGAGGGACCUCACUGAUGAGGAGAAACAGGAUUAUUUGAAUGACUACGAAGCAGAGAAGAUUGAGUAUAAUGAGAGCAUGAAGGCCUAUCACAAUUCGCCAGCCUACCUGGCCUAUGUCAAUGCAAAGAGCAGAGCCGAGGCAGCUCUGGAAGAGGAGAGCCGUCAGAGGCAGUCCAGACUGGACAAGGGUGAGCCUUACAUGAGCAUUCAGCCAGCGGAAGAUCCAGAUGAUUAUGACGACGGCUUUUCUAUAAAACACUCAGCUGCAUCUCGUUUCCAACGCAACCACCGCCUGAUCAGCGAGAUCCUCAGUGAAAGCGUGGUACCAGAUGUGCGGUCAGUUGUUACCACUGCUCGCAUGCAGGUCCUCAAACGCCAGGUCCAGUCUUUGAUGGUGCACCAGAGAAAGUUGGAGGCAGAGUUGCUUCAGAUUGAAGACCGCCACCAGGACAAGAAACGAAAAUUCAUAGAAGCCACAGAAUCAUUUACAAAUGAGCUCAAAAGGCUUUGCUGUAUGAAGGUGGAAGUGGACAUGGAGAAGAUUUCUGCUGAGAUUGCUGCAGCAGAGGAGGCAGCUCGCAAACGCAUGGCAGAGCGAGAAAAGGAUGCAGGGGACCGGAGUGCAAGAGAGGCCCCCACCUGUGUCCUAGCAGAGGAAGAAAAACACAUUUGUGCAACACAUGGCAGCAAGCCCCAGCAAAAUCCUCUCAGCGAAAGUAACAACAAAGAAGGCGAGGACGCAGAACCCAAUACCACAGAUACACCUGAAAAGCCAAAGGCUUCAGAGGACCUUGAGGCACAUCCAGGAAGUGAGGAGGGUGUAUCAGAGGACAAGGAGAGCGUUCCAGAGGGAGCCAUGGAGGAAGGCACCAGCGACAGUAACACCGGCUCAGAGACCACUUCUGCUCAGACAGAAGAUGCUCAAACGAACGAGCCAUCAGAGGGGCCAAGCAAAGCAAGAGCAGCUCACUGAGUCUGACACCUCUGAUCAUGAACUGUCAGGCCAAUAACAUCCUCUGAUCACACGUAUUGCACAGCAUCAUCUCAGUUUGUAAAAGCGUAUGACGAGUUCAGUUGGGCUCAGUAUUUUACAGUGUGAGUUGAAGUUUGAAAACGGAGAAAUGCACGGAAUACCAGGAAAUUAAUAUGUCAAGCACUUGAAGCCGACUAAGCAAAGGUCUUGUUUAAAAUCAGUGGCUGCACUAAAGCCCACGUGAAAGCACUAUAGCGGUAUUUGUUCCACAGGACUCAUAUCCAUUUAGAAGAACCCAUACAGGCCCUCUUCAGCACAUAUUGAUACAUAUCUCUCGCACUAUGUCUGGCAGAUCCUAGAUCAGCGCAAGACAGUUGUAUGAAAAAAAAGCUGUAACAUGACAGAAACAUUGCUCAGUGUUAUAUUUAACAUUGUCUUUUGUAUUGUAGUGUCAUUGUUAGUUUUAUUGCUAUGUUUGCAUGUUGUAAUUUUUUUAUAAUAUUUGUGAAGAGUGGAGCAGGAGGAGAAUAUUUGUUUACUCUCUGUAUCAGUAUUACAGUGACAGUAUUGUCUCAGGAGUUUGUAGUCAUUAGUGGUAGUUAUUUUUGUUAUUUAUUAUUACCAUUUUAUGAUACUUGUGUAUUGGUUGUCCUGGGCUGAGCCCCAGUUCAUGAGUUGGUAUAUCACAUGCUCAGCAAUGCUGUACAAUGCUCAACUACCAGUGUUCUGAAGUUUGCUAGCUGUCAAUCAAAUCAAAAGCAGUAUGCUUAGAACAAUUCAGUGUUAUGAUCAAUAUAGCAAUUUUUUCAGCAGUAAACUUUUAAAUGUACCAUAAAAUUGUGUACACAUUGUAAUGAGGUUGGCUUAAACGUCGUAAAAACAGCUUGAACAACAGUCAUAAACAUGCAGUCUUAAAAUGAAUUUCUUUUUGCAUAUUUAUACCAAUAAAUUUUUCUACCCUGAAAA